CCGGUCCUCGGCCUGCUGCCGCGCGCAGGCAGUGCAGGCGCCACUCUUGCCCGCGGUUUCGCGCGGCGCUGAGCUGCACGUCGCCGUGCUCGCGUUCGUCCCUCCCGUCUCAGCGAUUCCCGCGCCUCAUGGCGGCCUUCGACGGCCCGUUCAUCUUCCGCAUCAACGAGGCCGGCAACCCCAGCCCCGGGCCGUACCUCCUCUGGCAGGUGUGCCACGAGCGGGGCUGGCGGCCUUACAGUGAGGGCUCCACGCUGCGGGACCACUGGAACCUGUGGUGGCGGACGGGCGGCCACUCGCCGGCGCUCUACAAGCAGCUGCGCACCUGGCAGUUUACGAACCACAUUCCGAAGGGGUCGUCCAUCUGCCGCAAGGACAAGCUGGCGCGCUCGCUCGCCUACAUGCGCAGGGUGUACGGGCCCAUCUACGACAUCAGCCCGCACAGCUACAACCUGCCGCAGGAGUACACGAAGCUGAUCGCCGAGUGCAGCAGGCAGGCCGCCGACAACUCGGAUCGGGACAAGCCGCCGUCGACCGUGUGGAUCUGCAAGCCCGUGGGCCAGAGCCAGGGCAGGGGCAUCUUCCUGUUCAGGAGCGUGAACGAGCUGAGCUGCAGCUCCAGCUCCGUGGUGCAGCGCUACGUGCAGGACCCGCUACUCAUCGCCGGCUACAAGUUCGACCUGCGCCUCUACGUGUGCGUGCCCAGCUUCCACCCGCUGCGCGUGUACCUGUACCGCGAGGGGCUGGCGCGCUUCAGCACGGAGCGCUUCUCCCUCAAGAACCUGGACAACCUGUACUGCCACCUCACCAACACCUCCCUGAACAAGCAGGGCCCCGCGUACUCGGAGAUGAAGGAGCGCGUCGGCGCAGCGGGCUGCAAGUGGACGUUGCAGCAGCUCCGCCGGCACUUCCACCAGGCGCGGCUGGGCGACUGGUGGCUCUGGCAGCGCAUCUCGCAGCUGGUGGUCCUGACCGUGCUGAGCCAGCUCCGCGGCGUGCCGCGCACCGCCAACUGCUUCGAGGUGUACGGCUUCGACGUGCUCAUCGACGCGGCCAUGAGGCCCUGGCUGCUGGAGGUGAACAUGAACCCCGCCAUGACGAUGGACUGCGACGCGGACCCCGUUGUCAAGAAACCCAUGCUGCACGACCUGUUCGACCUGCUGGGGAUGCCCGUCUGCAACACGGGGCUGUCCCUGUUCCGCAUCUGGUCCAAGAACACCCCGCCGGCGCUGUCCGUGCAGCUGCAGCGGCGGCACGAGGAGCAGCAGCGCCAGCAGUACCUGCAGCGCCAGCAGCGCCAGCAGCACCUGCAGCAGCGGGCCAGCUCGCACAAGCACUACCACCAGUCGUCCGGGUCCAGCCAGGGCUCCGGCUCCAGCGGCACGGAGGGCGGCGAGGAGGACGAGGACGCCGCCAGUCCGCGCCGGUCGCCGCGCCGCAAGAACACGUCGGCCAUCACGGCCGUCGCGGCGGCGGGCAUGUGGCGACGGCGCUCGCAGACCGCGUCGGCGUCCGCGGCCAGCCACCGCACCGCCAUCAGGUCGCUGGCGAGGUCCGCGUCGGUGGACGGCGACGAGUCGCCGAGCCCCAGUGCCGGAGCGGGCCGGGCCAAGAAGGUGCCCGUCAGGGUGGAGGCGGGAGCGGGGGCGGGCGACGGCUGGGGCAGGAGCCACCCCCCUCCGCCAGCGCCCGCCGCGCGCACGGCCGCCCGCAGCCGCAAGGUGCGGCGGUCCUCGGGGCCUGACGACGCCGACGGCGGCGACGCCGUGCAGCUCAUCAACAACGGGGACGGCUGGCGACGGCCGCGGCCGUCCACCACCACGACGCGCCGCGGCCGCUCGCUGUGGGGGAACGGGCGCGACUGGUCGCGCGCCCCCGCCGUGGAGGGCGACUGGGUCCGCGUGUACCCGACCUGCGACUCGUGGAUGGCGUCCGAGGAGGACCCCGGGCCGUCGGCGCGCCUCCACGACGACGACGCGGCCGAGCUGGUGCCCGUCGGCGACAAGGAGGUGAAGGCCAUCGUGGCGACCAUGCAGAAGCUGAGCAGGAUGACGCGCGACGCGCACCGCCGCUACCCCAGCGUCUCGGACGAGGAGCACCAGCGCCUGGUGACGGACGCCCUGGGCGAGGACGCCGUGCUGUGGCUGCCGCCCAGCUGAUGCGCUGCAAGCAUGCCGCGGCAGUCCCCUCUUGCCACCGCAAUGCAAGCAAGGUGCCAAUUAUUCGUCUUGUUUCGACUCUUUUCUCAAAUUUCGCCUCUUUUUGGAAGAUUCCUCUUUCCCAGGGGCCCUUAAUUUAACGAGAUGCCGGAUUUCGCGGAAUUGCAGCGUGAAAGUGGUGAGAGUUGGAGGCGUUGAACAUGGAGUAGCUUAAUUUUUAAACUCAGACUCUCAUGACCACGAGCACGAGAUGACAGGACCUCGAAAUCGGGCAAAUAGCUAUGUUACGGACCCCUGUUCCUUUCUGUGUUCCCUUAAUAGUUGUAGUAGCAGUCUAUUUUGUCAUGUCUUCAAAGUUCUUUGCUCACGUAAGAUACGAUGUCCGUUAGAGUGGUGGCAUGUAGAGUCCACUAGAUAAGUCAGGGGAAGUCGAAUAGAAUACGUAAAGCACACCGUGUAAAAAUGUUGCACUCGGCCGAUGUCUGAAGUAACUUGGGACCAUUCUAUGCUAGAUUCAUAGAUUGAGAGAGUUCUGCAAUGUAUUGUAAGGUUCGACUUGGUUGUAAUGAGCCUCGUCAAAAGUGACCGAGUACAGGGUGAUGACAGUAGAAGGGCGUCAGCUCUAUUUUAUUAUCUCUGCAAAGCACUGGAAAGCGUGAACCGUUAAAAAACUAUGUCCACCUCGUCCUACCGUUUUCCACUCAAAGGAAUUAAUAUUUUACACCACUGUCUAAUAUUGCCACCGUUUCUUCUCAGCACUGUGAUUUUACAACUUCGCUCUUAUUUCUCGCUGCAGAGGGCACAAAAUCAAAAGUUUUUGAAAACUAUUUUUCACCUAUUUCAUUACAAAUUUGGGAAGGAGCAUGUAUGCAUUAGGGAUUUGCUGUUAUGUCCAGGCAAGCCAUCAACACCCAA